UUCUCGUUUCCAGCUGCGUUGAGCUAUCGAUAUCGAGUAGCUGGCCACUAUGGCAGUAGGCCAAUUGACAAUUGUUAGUUUUUAUAUUAGAAACUUGUUCUAGAGCAUUGAUGUUGUUGAGGUUUACACAGAUAUAUUAUGGCCAAAGUUUAUCUAUUUCGCAAAUUGCCGAAGCUUGAGCGGCAGCAGGCGCUUGUCUGCGAGCAGGCCAUCGCCAGCGUCUUGUCCGAUGUGUUCAAGGGCAAAGCCAGUACCAUAUUCAAUUACGGCGAUUGGCCAGUUAACGACUGCAAAGGUGAUCAGUGCGACAGUAAGGACUUGCUGGGGCGCAUACUCAAUGAGCUGUUUCGUCAUGUCUAUGGCCUGGAACUGAAGCUUGAGGUUAGCAUAGCCAUCAGUCAUAUGCUGCUCAACGCAAAGCAUGAGGAGCCCACCAAUCUGGAUGCACAGCCAGGUGUUAAAAGCCAGUUUGUAGCUACGCCGCAUGAUGUCUAUAGCUACAUGGAGGGGAUAAUACGACGCAAGCUGCAGUCGCUGCCCACGCCCCAUGAGUAUCUGCGCUUCACACUCAGCAUACAACAAAACAAGCUGCCCAAGAGUGGAGAGCUUAAGAUCAUACAUUUGCCCAGCGUGGAAAGUCCAGAGUCGCUGCUGGUUAACACGCCCAUGAGUGCGCUGCUGAAAGUCAUUGCCGUGCUAGACAAUCAUGAAAAGUCGCAUCUGCGCUAUGACAAUACCAAAUUUAUGGAACUGCUGCAUGAGCUGAUGGGCGCAGACUGCGUUGAGUCUACAGUGUUAAUCAACUAUACCAUGCCCAAGUUGCAGCUGCUCAAAAUGGAAGAGGCGAGCAACUCAAAGCUCUGGCGUGCGCUUUAUCUGCGCGAGCGUCGUAAGAGCAAAAGUCUCAACGAGAAGCUCUCCAAGCUGCAGUUCUGGUGUCGCCGUGGCAAGCAUUUAAAAGUCAGCGAUCUAACUGCCAAGCUGCAGCAAAAUUUCAACACCAAGCUCGAACUGGAGUUGGAGCAGCAAGAGGCGAAGCAGCAACAGCUAGCGCUGCAAGAGAGCGAAGCACAGCUGAGUACGCUGCAGCAGCAAAUGUCCAGCUAUAUAAGUGGCAUUAAAGGCGGCACCGAGCAGGCUGUAUCCACUUUGCUGGACCUGCAGCAAUUGGUAACUGAGUUGGGCUUUCAGCUGCAGCACAGCGAGCAGCAGUUGGCGGAAAAGAAUCAAAUGCUGAACAAUCUGAAUGCGCUGCUGGCGCAAUCCAAUGAUAAUGUGCAGCAGCAGCGUUUACUUUUCAAGCAGAAGCUGUCGCUAUAUGCGGAAAUGAUCAAACGCUUGUGGCAGCAACAGAAUGCGGCAUUUCAGACGCGUGAACAGCAGCGUGAGCAACAGUUGUAUGAAUUGUUUAACAAGCUAUGUGCAGAGCUGCACAACCAAGGAACAAUCAUUACAGAAGCAAGCAUUGCAACUGCAACAAACGCUAAGUAGCCUGGAAAAAAAAGUGGCUUGCCUUUGCUUUAAAAAAAAAGCAAGCAAGCAAACAUUUAUCGCACAUUUAAAGGUCAAGCAACGUUUUAGGUCUCUUCUUCUAGUUAUGCAGUCGCUGCAAACGAAGUCACGAAGUCGCAACACACACACACACACACACACACAUGCACACACACAUACUCCAUGCUGUGUAGCUUUGCCAUUUAACUGACAGCAACAGCAAGUUCGUUGCCUAAGUCUUUCCUUUUGCUAGCGCUUUCUAG